AUGGCCACCGACCUUUAUCGCGUCCGCGUCGUCCGCGUCCAUCGGGGCAAGUGCAUCGUCGUCUUCCGCGUCUACAGCGUCUACUACGACGGCGGCCACACGUUGCCAUCGGACGCCUCCUUCUUCGUGCUCCUCCUCGACGACGGCCGGUUCCUCUUCCCCUCGUACGCCACCGUGGGUCCCAACAGAGCACUGGAUCACGCGUGGAUGACUGCGAACGCGCACACGUUUGUAAAGCGCGUCGAGCAGACGGCGUACGCGCCGGCGACGCUAAAGCAGAAUGCCACGUUCGUCUACAGCGGCUUCAAGAAGGAGCGGCAGCUAGAGCAAGGCGUGUACGAAGUCGAGUACACAGAUCCCAAGUGGAUCGAGCACUUUGAGGUCGGCCACGUGUGGCAAACGUGCUGCUUUGACAUGCUGCACAGCAUGCCCAUUGACACCUCGCACCUCGAGCCCGUGACGACGCCGAAACCAACCCACGCUGCCGCGCCUUCGCCGGCCAAGACGACAAAGAAGUCUGUCCAGAAGACCAAUACAAAGAAGCCAGUCAAGAAGACAAAGCCUGUCAAGUCAGGUACGACUCAAAAGGCUGUCGCUCGGCAACGCAAGGCAAAGGCGUAA